UUGUUGAGACUAGGCGUUGACUUCAUCUUCACUGAUUUCACUGAUUGCGUUAGGCUUAUUUUAGCAUUGUGGAGAAGUCCCUACAUGGUAAACCCUGUGCGAAAUCUACAACAAUGGCGGAAACAAUCUACAAAGCUAGCACCACUGCCCCGGUGAACAUUGCUGUAGUAAAAUACUGGGGAAAGCGGGAUCCUAAAUUGAAUCUCCCUACUAAUUCCUCCCUGUCUGUUACCUUGUCACAAGCAGAUCUACGAACCCUCACAACCGCUACAUGCUCCGCCACCUAUCAAGGUCAGGAAGAUUCCCUUAUUCUGAAUGGCGAACCAUCCGACAUCAAGGGAGCUCGCACGCAGGCUUGUCUACGAGAGCUGCGUGCCCGAAGAGCUGCUCUCGAGGCGGAGAACCCAUCUCUGCCCAAGCUGUCCACGAUGCCCCUCCGUAUAGUCUCCGAGAAUAACUUCCCGACGGCCGCCGGUCUGGCUUCUUCGGCUGCUGGAUUCGCCGCCCUAGUUCGCGCCAUUGCAGAUCUAUAUGAAUUACCAAGCUCUCCGACCGAGCUCUCGCUAAUCGCCCGUCAAGGUAGUGGUUCAGCUUGCCGCAGUCUGUUCGGCGGAUACGUGGCUUGGAGGGCUGGCGAGCAAGACGAUGGUCUAGACUCCAAGGCGGUGGAGGUUGCACCUGCGUCGCACUGGCCGAGCAUGAGAGCCCUCGUCCUGGUCGUUUCCGCCGCUAAGAAGGGAGUUAGCUCGACGUCAGGCAUGCAACAGACUGUUGCCACGUCCGAUCUCUUCAAGGGGCGUAUUGCAAACGUAGUCCCGGCCCAUAUGGAUGCCAUGGAGGCCGCCAUUAGGGACAGAGACUUUGCUAAGUUCGCAGAGGUGACUAUGAAGGAUUCCAACUCUUUCCACGCGUGCUGUGCGGAUACCUACCCACCCAUUUACUACAUGAACGACGUGUCCAGAGCCGCAGUCAGGGCCGUGCAAGCAAUCAACUCGGCUGCAGGCAAGACCGUGGCCGCCUAUACAUUCGACGCCGGCCCGAACGCCGUGGUGUACUAUCUAGAGGAGGAUAGCGCCCCUGUGGUAGGAACGUUCUACAACCUACUACAAGGUACGGAUGGCUGGAAGGGUGAUGCUGGAUCUUACAGCUCGGCGGCUACGCAGCUGGACGAGACUACAUCAAGUCUGCUUAAAGAAGGCGUAAGCAGGAUCAUAAUGACCGGCGUGGGCGAAGGACCGAUAAAGACCAACCAACAUUUAGUAUAAACCACUAAUACUACAUUAACAAUACCCCUGAAUACGAAAUACCCUAGUUCCAAGCUUAAUUCAUCGGGAUUCUUGGUGAGCAUUUAUCAUUAGCUUUGAAUGGUGGCACGGGUUGGCUACAUGAGCAUAUAGAGCGGUUGCAGCAGAUACAAGAUGACGGAAGAGAUCUCAGAUUUGAGGCCUAGAACUGUUUAAUACUACUAGAAAAUAUAUUGGCAACCUAGAUGUCUAAUAUACACAUGUGAU